UUAGCAUAAAUGAUAAACGGGAUUCCAAGAUUGAGCAAAAUAAAUCAAUGGAAAUAAAGGAUGCUCGGCUAUUUCCUGUUAAAAAUAUUUACAUUUCUUCUGGCAAGAAGUGUGUUGCCAAGAAUUUAAUUGAAUGCGACUUUGAUGAAACAUUGGAAAUCAAGAAUGAAAUCAUCCAAGAUACAAAAAAAACUGAUAUUUUGACUGUUAAAAACAAACUGCAGAUCCCCAUCAAGAAGGAAAUUCAAGUAUCAAAUCAAGAACAGAAAAAGUACACAUGCAAAAAAUGUGCUCGAACUUAUAAACGUAUAGACAAUUUGACUAGUCACCAAAAAUUUGAAUGUGGCGUCAUGCCACAGUUUAAUUGUCAACAGAGCGCUUCAAAUAAUGCCAGAAAUUUCAAAAUUGUGUUGAAGAAAUCGACAGGAAGAAUUGAUGGCGGGCAAUAUUCUUUUACUCCCAUUUCCGUUAGCAACACGUCUAUUGUCAAGACUUUAAUUGAAUACGGCUGUGACGAAACAUUGGAAAUCAAGGAAGAAAUCAUCGCAGAUCAAGACGCAGGUACAGACAAGAAAUAUGAUAAAAAAUUUGAUUCAAAAAAUUGUAGCCUUCAUAUAAAAGAAGAUGAUACUUUUGCUGUGAACAACAGACAAGGAAUUCCAAAAAAUCGGAAAAUUCCGGACUCAAGAGCGGAAAAAAAGAACCAGUGCAAAAAGUGUGCGCGAAUAUAUAUUCGGAAAAGAAGUUUAAAUAAACAUCAAAGAUAUGAAUGCAACGUCAAACCACAAUUCAGUUGUAAAUUCUGUGGCAAACGAUUCAUACAAAAAAGUCACCUGAGUCGCCACAUAGAUGUUGUACAUCUUAAAUCAAAUUCGCAACCAUCCAAAAUAAAGUAUAAUUGUAACAAUUGUUCUCGUAUUUACAGUUCCUUAGGUACUUUAAAUAGACAUAAUCGUCAAAAACACGCAGAAUUCAAACCAGAAUUCAUUUGCAUUCAUUGCGGCUACAAAACGAGCAUGAAAUGUGUCUUGUCAAAACAUAUUAGUAGACACCAUUUUAAGUAAUAUAGUACACGAAACUUCAAUCUUUUGGACAUUUCUCUUACUAUUUGUUUAUUGUAAAAACAAAGUAUUCUUCCAGGGCUAUGAGCUACAAAACUCUGAGCAGGAACUCCGGUUCAUUCUUUUUACAUUGUAAAUUAUAACAUUAUGUUAUCCUGUAAAGAAGCCACAAAAACAUGGUGCUUUAAAAAGAACAGUUACAGGCCUAAAAUGAUUUAUAUUUAUCGGUUAAACACAUUUUUAUUUUUUGACCAUUGCAAAAGAGCAUUAUUUUUGCAUUUUUUUUAUUUCACAUUAUUUUUUUUCCUGU